UUCAUAAAAAAACGAACUGGAACGCAGGGCUGGAGUGUCUCUGAAAUGCGCUGGAUUGUGGGUAGGACGUCAGUUUAGUGCAUAGACGGUUCGGCUUUCCCAGCAGCUGAAGGAGAGAGAAAGUCAUGAAGGGAUUUAGAGGUUUAACUCAUCUCUCUAGACGAUGUUAUGUUGCCGCUAGGAGGAGCCAGUCACUGAGUGAACCUCUGGUUACCCGAAAGCCAGCUACUACAGCAGCCUUCCCAGCCCAGGAUGUUCAGGUGUCCAAGCUACCCAGUGGUCUUCUCGUCGCUUCUCUGGAAAACUAUGCCCCAGUCUCUAAAAUCGGGGUGUUUGUGAAAGCAGGCAGUCGCUAUGAGACUGUGGAAAACCUGGGUGUAACUCACAUGCUACGAUUAGCAGCCAAUCUGGCCACUAAAGGUGCAUCUGCCUUAAAAUUUUGUCGAGGUCUGGAGGCUGUGGGUGCCAGUCUGAGUGUAACAUCAUCGAGAGAACACAUGAUUUAUUCUCUGGACUGUCUAAGAGAUGAUUUUGACACUGCCAUAGAGAACCUGGUCAAUGUGACCAGUUCUCCUCACUUUAGGCCUUGGGAGCUGUCUGAUCUCUCCCCUAGAAUCAAGAUAGACAGGGCUGUAGCAGAGCAGAGCCCACAGACAGGUGUUCUUGAAAAGCUGCAUGAAGCUGCAUAUAAGAACGCUCUGUCCAACUCACUCUACUGCCCAGACCACAUGGUGGGCAAAAUUGGUGUUGAUCAUCUGCAGCAGUUUUUCGCAAAUCAUUACACCUGUGCACGCAUGGCUCUUGUCGGAUUAGGGGUCAGUCAUGAUGCACUAAAGCAGGUUGGAGAGCAGUACUUAAGUGUCCAUAAGGGAGCUGGUGCACCAGCAGUUAAAGCUGUUUACCGUGGUGGUGAGCUGCGGGCGCAGAGUGGUGGAGCUCUUGUGCAUGCGUUGGUGACUUGUGAAGGAGCAGUAACAGGCUCUGCAGAGGCAAACGCCUUCAGUGUGCUACAGAGGCUUCUGGGAGCUGGGCCGCAUGUUAAGAGAGGAUCCAACAUCACCAGCAGACUUAGCCAAGGCAUCGCCAAGGCCACCACACAGCCAUUUGAUGCCACAGCUUUUAAUGCCACUUACUCUGACUCAGGGCUCUUUGGACUGUAUACCAUCUCACAAGCACACUCUGCCAGAGAGGUGAUCAAUGCAGCCAUGACAGAGGUGAAAGCUAUAGCUGAAGGAAGACUUACUGCAGAUGACCUCACCAGAGCAAAGAACCAGUUGCAGGCUGAUUAUCUGAUGUCAUUGGAGAAUUCUGAGAGUUGGUUGGAGGAACUGGGGGUUCAGGUUCUGAGCAGUGGAUCUUACAGCUCACCGCAGUCUGUGACGCAGAGCAUUGACUCUGUGACCUCCAGUGACGUUGUUAAAGCUGCGAAGAAGUUUGUUGAAAGCAAGAAGACGAUGUCAUGUUGUGGACACCUGACAAACACACCAUUUAUUGAUGAAUUGUGAAAAGAGGUUCACUUUACUGAUGCGGUAAACCCUGAUUGCUGUACAAAGGUUUUCAAUCACUUCACACAAAAUCUGUUCUUUAGUAAUACUUUACUGAAAAUAAUAGUGUUACUUUUGCCCAUGUCACUGUAUAUU